AUUGGAAAUCGUGCUGACCGAACUCCAGGAUGAAGCCACGCCCACGUCCGAAAAGCUCGAUCUGCUGCAGGAAGAGGAAGAGACGCCUCUCAUGGUUUUGACUCCACCCAAGAAAGGUGGCCGUCCCAAGAAGUUUGCCACGGGCACCAAGUUCCAAUGCCCGCAAUGUCAGAAGACCUUCUCUUGCAACGGCAACUUGACCAAACACAUGGUACUCCAUGCGGUGGACAAGCCCUUCAAAUGCGACAUUUGUCCCAUGCAGUUCAAUCAGGCGCGGGACCUUCGAGCCCAUCGUAUGCAGAACCAUUCGUCGGAAAGGCCGCAUACUUGCCAAGUCUGUGGGAAAGGCUUUGUUCACAAAUUCUAUCUGGAGGAGCACACUUCCUAUCAUACGGGUGAGCGCCGCUUUCAAUGCGGCAUCUGCGGCAAGCAGUUCCAAUCCAACUCGGUGUUGAACAAGCAUCAAAGUCGCCACAAUGAGAAGAAGGACCACAAGUGUCAUCAAUGCUCCAAGGCCUUCACCGUCAUCGCCGAUCUCCGGGCUCACGUCAAGUUCGUCCAUGAGAAAUUGGACCACGAACCCGCCAUUCCUGUCUUCCAGCCGAAAUCCGGAUUGAGUCGACAUGACGUGCCCGAAAACUACGAGUACAUUAUUCCGGAUCCCGUGCUCCCUGAGCCUCCCGAUGCUCUGGAACUGGAUCCGGCCGGGUAUCCAGUUUAUGUCAAGCCCAAGCCGGUUUUGCGAAUGGUCAAAUCCGAAAGUCGACGGGCUAGUAAGCGAAUGAACACGCGCUCGGACACCAAGAAGAACCCCGAGCUCUUAGAUGUUGACGUGACCUCGGCGGUUCAUUUGACUGGAGAGAUUCUGCCGGAGCCAAUUCUUCCCAAUGUCCCGUCAUCAACCUCCACGUCCACAUCGACAUCGUCUUCGUUGAUGAUGAGUGAAGGCCUGGGGCCCACCAUGGGCCCAGAGAUGUCACAAUCCUCGGAUGAACAAGAGCGCAUGCGACUCCUCCGCGAAUUCGAGAUCCAACAACAAAUCGAGGAUUGGAUGGUCUCACAAGGUGUCAUUCUCGGCGGACCCGGUCUGCAUCCAGAUGGACUGAACAUCCCUAAAUUGUCAGAUAUGAUGGUGAAUCCUGAGCCGGUCUCCACGGGUUCGUCGGUGGGUUCGGAAUUGGUCGUCCCGCAGUUCUCGUCCACCAACCCGACACCGGCCGGUGUGACGAAUGUGAACCAAAUGUUGCUUCACCCGACCAGCCAUGUGGGUAUCAAUCUACCCACCCGACCCGACACGGAUGCUAUCCUCGAUUAUGUGAGCUCGAGCCACAAAUAGAGACUGGCUAUUUGUUGAAUACGCUUUGUGAAAAUUGCUCAAGGCCAAGAUGAAUGAGAUUCAAGAAAUGUGUUUCGUUUCAAGAUA